UCGCCAUUCGUUUCAUUAUCCAGCCAUUCUUUUGUGUAUUGAAUAUUGUACUGCUUGCAGAUAUUUUUCUUUUCACAAAAUUAGUUGAAUGCCAUCAAAUUAUCAAAUUAAUUAUAUAAAAAAUCAUAAAUUUUUCUAUAAUUCAAACAACUAAAUAGCGUGUGUCCUUUGUGUGUUUACAAGACGUUGUUUUUUCAAUUCUUGAAUGUUGCAGAAAGAACACUGCGUUAUAGAAUUCCCUCCGAGAAGAUGGAUGACGAUUCUGUUUAUAUGGGUGGUGGCGGAGAUAUAAAUAGCAGAGCAAUUAACAGGGAACCCACAACCUUAAAAAUGGAAGAAGGCGAGGAGCUUAGUCAGGAUUCGAGUGUGAUGAACAACUCGCAAAGCGUCCUGGAAAAGAUUGCUAAUUUGUACGCAGAGCAGCUAAUGUCUGAUAUAAUAUUGGUGGUAGGCAAUGAACAGUAUCCAGCGCAUCGUGUAAUACUCUGCGCCAGCAGUGAGGUGUUCCAAGUGAUGCUUAUGAACCCCGAGUGGAAUGAGUGCCGCAAGCAUGUUAUCGAAUUGGUUGAAGAACCAUGUUGCACAGCGGUAUUUCCACAAUUUCUGAAAUAUUUGUAUGUGGGUCAAAUAAAAAUCUCACUACAAACGGUAAUGCCAAUGUUGGCCCUGGCAGACAAAUACAAUGUGAAGGAUCUAGUAGAGCUUUGCGUUGACUACAUGAUGAAACACAUUGCCAAGGCGGCCACUCAAGGCUAUCUAGUAUCUUGGUUGCAGUAUACAAUUGCUUUUAGCCCUUAUCACAAAGAGCUCACCGAGACAUUAAAACGGUUUUUGAAAUGGAAUUUAGAAAUGGUGAGCGAAUCAAAAGAUUUUGUCGAAUUGGAUACCGCAAUUAUGGUGUUGCUGCUGCAACAAAAUGACAUUGUGGUAACUAGUGAAUAUCAGCUAUUUGGCAUAUUGCAACGAUGGCUCUUACAUCGCAAAGAGGUGUUUGACAACGAUGAGACGCUUACCGUGGAAGAAAAAAAUACUGCUUUCUUGCAAUUAGUCGAGCAGACAGUUGUGCACAUACGAUUUGCAAUGAUGACGCCGCGAGAACUGGCGCACUUGCUCCUCUUUCCACUAUUGGAAUACCACAAGGAGUACAUUGUACAGCGCAUGGCAAUAGGUAUGAGCUAUCAGUCAGGUCAAGAAGAGCGAGUAAGUGAAGUGCGUUACUCCCCAGAAGGCAUGCUGCAAUUUACACCGCGACUUUACUCCAAUGAUACAUGGAGUGUCAGCAUUCAUGUGAAGGAGUUCGAUCAAAUCGAAAAAUACUCGAACUAUGUUACGUGCUUUUUCUCGCAGCGCAAUAUUGCUGAAACUGAGGAUGAUCACACAAUAACUUGGGAGAUUGAAUUCUUUCCGCGCGGCGUCAAAUACAACAAAGCGAAGAUCAUUUGGGGGGAAGAUGUGCCGGAGUUCUCAUUGAAAACUGUGCGUCUACGGGCCACUUGCAAGUAUCCACAAUUGGACGAGGAACGUUUUAAGGUGGCUGUGCUGAUCACGGGUGUGCAGAAUAAAAUCGAUCAUAUACUUACCGUGCAUGAACGUACCGAGUAUUUCUCGAAUAAAGUGCGAGUAUUAAAUGUGGACAACCUUAUACCCUACGAUGAGCUGGCGUUGUCUUCCAUUAAAUUAAGUCCGCAUUUAAUAGGGGCUGAGCGUAACAAUUUGUCAAUACAAGUGAUAAUAGCGCCAAUGGGGCCGUAUACGUGCCGUGAUGCGCCACCAUUUGAUUUUAAGUAAACAAAACACAAAGCAGUUUAGAUACGCUAUAUCAGGCAUGCUUUAGUAGAUGAUAGUGGUGGUUAGACUUGAGUUAGUUCAUCAUAAUUAUAAAAAAAAAUGUAUUUAUGUAUGUAUAUGUAAUUAAAAAUCAAUUGUAUUUUGUGAGGUGUAACUGGUGCAGGAGUUUUUUUUUGACAUUCUUUAUUACCUACUGCUCGAACAUUUGUGUUUACUCACAAAAAAUUUGCAUCCUCUGAAUUAAGCUGCAAUAAAAGUUAAACACUGUGUAAACUAUUAAAA